CGCGCAUAAUCGUAACUCAAACGAAACCACAACAUACAAAUGUAUAAGUUUUCGUAGAAUUAGUUCAUUUGGUGUUCCCUCGAUUGAUGCAACACCCAGCGAUGGCGAACGUUUGAGGAAAACGUUAACAGUUUACUUGAAUUCAGACGAUUGCUAUAGACUUCCAAAUAAUUAUCCUUCAGAAGUUGCAGCGCGGCUUCAAAGUUCUAAAUGCAAAUCCAGAAAAUUCAUUAUAAUUUAUAGUAUGAGGUAUCAAUUAUCAGCGGAGGUUAAUACGAAAGUGACGAAAUUAGCGGUUUGCGGACGGUUUAUAAUUUACAAAUACAAUUUCAAUUUCGAACAGCAAUUUACCGAAACGUUCAUUAGAUUCAUGUAGAAUCGGUGACAGAGAAAUCUCCCGUAUUUUUUAUUAUGAUAAAAUAUCAAAUACGAUCUGCGAUGCAGCAGCAAUAUUCAAUGUUGUUGUUAUUCCGAUUACUUUAAUUCACGGUUGCAUAUCAUACCAUACCCUAUUCACUGGCGCUGAAAACUUUCCCCAUAACUACACGCUUUCCAAAGCAUUUCCGAACGUUUAAAAGAAUACACAGAAGAAAAACUUAAGAGGAACUUAUAUACUACCCACAGUUAUAGGUGUACACUUUUUAUUCGCUAGUUUUUUUACUUUAUUUGCAACCAUGUUAAUGCACCCGCUACAUACGUAUACGUAUAAGCGCGUAGCAGUCAAACAAGUUUUCGUUCAGGUACCUAAUUAUUUACAAACUGUUAACAUAUGUUUAUAUUAAAACAGGUAUGUGGACGAUAAUCAUGUCACGGUGCUGGAGCAACUGCAGUAUACGUAAGAGCAUCGAUUAUCAUAAUAUCCUAAUUUCCAAGAUAUUGAAACCCCCGCGAUCUUCGGUUUCAAAUUGAUACUCUUGCGGUAUACAAAGGUUGAAAGAUAUUUUUAACUCAUUGCAAAAUAUCAGAGAUUUUGGGCGCGUUUUUCGCUCACCUAGCACGUUGCAGUGGUAUAAGUAUCAGCCGCUAAUUAUCUUCUUUAUCUUUCUAGCGUUUACUUUUUCCCGAGGCUCUAAAACCGCAGUCUAGUUUCUUCGCCGCUGACGAGGACACGCGCUCAAUGCACACAAACGUGAAGAUCUAUUUCUAUUUUUAACGGCUCAAAGGAUACCAGUUUUCAAUGGCGGCCACGAUAUUGCCCUAGAAAACUGUACCGCACACGCCUAUAUCGUAUGUACCUUGUGCCUCGGUGUAUACGCUUUUUGGCAACACUAGGUCGACGUAUUCAUUCAAAAUAUAUACCACAUGUAACGCAAGAGCAUCUCGUAUUCAUUACACACGUUGAAAAAAUAACUUCUAAAUAGAAGCACGUUAACACAACGAGUUAUCACUGGACAUACCCCUUUUCGUCGGAGCAUUUAUUUAUACUUUUCUCGUUUUUACUUAUCAUCUUUUUAGAUUCAAAUGUUUUUUCUUCUUCUUAAUCUACCGUCAACUCUUCUCGUGAGUUUAAAUUGUCUCAUCACGUUGAUGAUGAAAAAAAGCUCUACACACACCAAGUUUGGAGUGCUCGAAAUUUUGGUCUUGCCAAGGGACUUCAAAAACCAAUAAAAUUAAAAAUGGAAUAUUAAAAACCGCUUUCUUCCUAGGAAACAAAUUCUGCUUGGAAACCUGAGAAACAGAAGGGCAUGUCAAAAUUCUUCCACAUGAAGGCGCACAUUCAAAAAAUGAAUGAAUUGAGAAUUACGCCAGUUUAAAUUUGACGGUCCUACGAAAUUAAACCCAUUGGAACUUUUUUUUCUAGUUUUUCACCCUCAAGGUGCCCGUCAAAAGCGUAUUAUUAUUUCAGUACGAACCUCGGCGCGGCGUACCAAAUCUCAGGGUAUCGCAUGUUUUGCACCGCGGAGUUUGCGCAUUUCCGGUGGUUAUACCUAUACCACAUCGUUUGGUGGUACACGUGGUGUGCGAAUCUGUUCGUGGGGGGGGGGAUUUGAAUCCCCGGUUGAGAGCAAAGCGAUGAGAGUCAUCGGGGAUGUGCAUGUGCGGAGGCCUCGCGGAGGACAACGCAAGGUUCAUCCUACUCGCCGGUGUCUUGGCCGCCUACAUGCUGGCCGGUGCUGCUCUUUUUCAACGACUGGAAGCUGAUCUCGAAGUUCGCCAGGCAGCCGAAUUUUGGCGGGUGUAUCACAGUUUUCGAAAACAGCAUCUUCAGCCGGGUGCUGAAGCUCUUCAAAGGUUACACGAACUACUUUCCGCAUACGGAAACGCGUCCGCUGCUGGCAUAAUUAACAAACGACGUCGCUGGGAUUUUCCGGGAAGUUUUCAAUUCGUUGGAACCAUCGUUUCAACGAUUGGAUACGGGAGCACCGCCCCUCAGACAACCGCCGGAAGGGCGGCAGUUGUUCUUUACGGAUUCCUUGGAUGUUCCGGAGGGAUCCUCUUCUUCAACCUCUUCUUAGAGAGGAUAAUAACUUUCCUAGCUUGGGUAUUGCGGAGUAUUCACUUGCGACGACUGAAGAAACGUCUUCGUCAAACGACGCUGGCGUCGCGUAGAAUAUCCCGAGGAUCAAGUUUACACCCCCGUGCCUCUCUGCCGGAUAUACUAGACGACGACGAUGACAUUGGUCUGGAACAUUGGAAGCCAAGCGUCUACUGGGUGAUGCUCUAUUUGUCGUUAGCAUCCUGCACAGUUGCUUGUUGCGCGGCAGCGAUAUACGCUCCUUUGGAAGGUUGGAGUUACUUCGAAGCUCUUUAUUUCUGUUUCGUGAGUUUCGCUACGAUCGGAUUUGGCGAUUUUGUAACUACGCAACAGCCCAGCUAUCCGUACGUCCAUUGGUACCGCUUCGCGAAUUUCGUAUUCCUCGUCGUUGGUUGCUGCUGUAUUUACUCACUUCUGAACGUAACUUCGAUCGUGAUAAAGCAGGCUUUAAAUUGGGUGAUUCAGAGGCUGAGAUGUCGUGGAAGAGGAAUGGCGGCGCCGCACCUUCCAAGAAGAAGGUCUUCCGUAUCCGCGGUUUACUGUACCGCUCGACGUAGGCCAACUAAAAUUGAGGCCAGAUCUGAUUCGGUGGGGGAUGCGGCAGUCGACGCCCUUGACACCCCUAGGCGGCUUUCGGGGGAGCUUAUUUCGAUGAAAGAUUUUUUCUCAGCUAACAAAGUAUCCCUUGCCGUUAUGCAAAAACAUCUACACGAAACUGCCCAGAUGCAUAGGGGCGGCGGAGGAUCGACUUCAGCCACCCCCCAUCAUCAACCCGCCUUCAAACCCGGAGCUGUCGGACCUCUCGCAAUUGCAAGUGAAAAAUUUUAAUACUUUAUUUAACGAUUAACUAAUUCAGUUAAAAACUCAUUUCAACCGACGUGAUGAACUCUGCGAAAAGCGACGCGUUGUAGAGAGCGAUUAGAUGGAUUUUUCGUUUCAUCUUUUUUUUUGGUCUCCCUUUUUUUUGUUGGAUUUCUUUCUACAUCAGCGAGCAAGGCACGCGACAUUAUCGUGUAUUUAGUAGCUAAAUUCGCCAAAUAGUGUAAAUUGUGCGGGGUAAUAAUGAUAAUAAUAAUUUUAUGUAUACAGCCCACAAGAUAAUUAUUGAUGUAACAUAUUAUAAAUAUUAAUUAAGAUCAUAACUUAAACUCCCGAGCUGACAACUCAAUUGAUGAGAAAUGAUUCAGUCGGCAGUAGCGAGUCAUAUUUAUAAUAGUUUCUAUGAUACGUAUCCAAUAUACUCCAAGUUCUGGAUUAUAGCUGUAAAAUAUUUUAGUAUAAUUUAUUAUAGAAUGAUAGGUCGUUGUGUAUAGUAAUUGUAACCCCGUUAGAUUGUGAGUGGUAAAAAAAAUGUUUCAAAUAUCACGGGAACCGAGUAAAAAGAAAUAAAAAUUCACGAUGUUACGGAGGCAUUUCUUUUACCGGAGUUAAAUAUUCAUCGAAAUUGUUAAACAAAAAUCGAAAACAACCGCAAAUCAAAAUGAGAAAAAUGACUAUAAUAGUGAGCCGAUAACAACUCAGUGAAAUGAUCGGCGGACGACACACGCAUCGUUCAAAAUGUCAGAGGAAAUUCAUGAUUUUAACGAAGCAAUGAAAAAUGGAAGUACCGAAAGUGGGAAGGGAAAUCUUGCUGGUGAAGCAUAUCAAGAGGUAUCGUGAGAAAUGUUUCUUGAAGGAUAUAGUAUCAUAGUUCGUAUAUUAAAUUGCAUCAGAUCUCCCAAUUAGAUAGCUGGGCCAGCAAACCAUAUGUAUACUUGAUUUAUGGUAUCGUGUAAAUGCACUCAUUUCCGUCAUUAAUUGCUGCAGUACGGCUACCGGAUAGAAGGCAGCCACAUAAAUAAUAUUCUAACAUGUUUUUCCGUUCGAUUGCACGGUCCUGAAUACAUCAUUUUUAUUCUAAUUACAUAGAUCGACUUUAAUCGAGAAUCUGUAACUUGAUAAUUUAAUCAUACCGAACAGAAUUUUAAAUUGUUUUCGAAGGAUUCAACGAAUGAAAAUUUGACCGUUUUCACGUGUCUGAUCGACAUGAUCGCGUUGGAAGAGGGAGUUUUUGGAAGCGGUACAUCGACCAGUCGCAUUGCACGUGCUCACCGGAAUUUAAGAAACGGUUUGCGGCUGAAAGAUGGCUCCAUUUUUCGUUACACUCAUGCAACCGGUCCAAGUCUCGAUGAUUAUACGGUUAAAGUAAUUCAGGCUAAAGACGAGGUGGAUACGCAGCAAGAGACGAAAAUCAAAACUGCGAUCAUUUAACGUAUUAAAGCACGCACUAACAGAAGCUAGAAGAUUAUAAAAAUAUUACAAUGGAUUGGAUAUACAUAAAAUUUAUGUAACAGGCAUAACUAAAAAUGUAUUGUUAAAUAAGUUUAUUCCAGUGAUUUUUACAAUGUGCUUUGCCAUGUUCUCAGUAUUGUCAACAAAUAUACGAUUAUUUAUUUA